AUGGGCCCCCAGAACAUCUCAUUUGUUAAGGACCUGUUCAUUAUAUACCGAUGCACCCCGGAUAAUGAGUAUUCUGGACCUGCAGGGGAAUGUAAAGGCUGUAAAUUCAGAGGAGAACUGAAAGACUAUGAUAGGUGGGCAGACAUAUUCAAGUACUUCAAAGAAGCCCAGCCUACAUUACAGCAUCUAGAAAUAUAUUUCAAGCCAUGUGCAGGCUUUUUUGACGAUGGUGGUGACGAGUUGGGGUUGACGUGGGAAGAAGAGCGGCAAAUGAUGAGGUGGCGCAGCAAGAUGGCCAAAUGCGGCCUGCAUAGACGAUGUCGUGUUUAUAGGGACAUGAAUAUCCAGAAGCAUUUAUUGUUCUUCAGCAACGCAAGAGCAAUUCGCUUAGGUGGCCAAUUUAACCCUCUGAUGUCUUUAUUACUCCGCAGAGAGCACGGCUUCAUCAUCAAGCGGUGGCAGGAUCGAAAGGAUAAAAAGGACUCCUACGGAUUAGAAAUCCUCAACCCGGAAUAUCAAAUAGACUUGCAGGGUUUCACAGAGUCGGUGAAAAUGAAGGGUGUUUACUACGAAAAUGUGGAAGAAGGGCGACAAGAGGAAGAAAAAUCGUUAGAGUUAGAGGAGCAGGACUCAGACUCGGAGUUGGAGUGGGGGGAAGAUGAAAGACCGGAGGUGCCAGAGAUGGAGGAGUCAGAAGGAGAGGGUGCUAGGCUCGGAAUACAUCAUUUUCUUGACAAGGAAGACGACGAAUUCGAUAGAUGGGAUUUCCCUGACGUACGGUUCAUGCGGGAAGAUGCUCCGCGUACAACGCAGGACUCACCAGAAACAAUCAACGCCUAA